UACAGACCAAAGCUUUACACUGCAGACAUCAACACAGGCAACAACAUGGCUGGUGCAGAGGGCUGGACGUCAGCUCAACUCCGGCAGUAUUCCUUCCCGUUAGAGACCAUUCCUCGUCUCUCCUGCACGGACCCUGAAGCCGACAGACUCAUCAGCGAAGAGAAACCCGUGGUACUGACUGACACCCACCUUGUAGACAGUGCUCUGAAAUGGGACCUAGACUAUCUCCAGGCUAAUUUGGGAGCUGGUUUGUGCUCGGUUUACGAGUCAGACAAUCACAAAUUUAUGUACUUUGACGAGAAGAAGGCAAAGGAGAGAAAAUACUACACCCCGUGUACCAGGAGAAUGGAAAUCCCAUUUGAACAGUUUGUCAGACAGUUGGAAAGCUCUGAAGAAACAGGAGGAAAAAGGGUAUAUCUGCAGCAGACUCUGAAUGAUACAGUUGGGAAGAAUAUCGUGGUGGAUUUCCUCCAGUUUAACUGGGACUGGAUCAACAAACAGCAACAGAAACAGAACUGGGGACUGCUCACAUCCAACCUCUUACUGAUUGGCAUGGCAGGUAAUGUCACACCAGUGCACUAUGAUGAACAACAGAACUUCUUUGCACAAGUGAAGGGAUACAAGCGAUGCAUCCUGUUUGCACCUGAACAGAUUGAAUGCUUGUAUCCCUACCCAGUACACCACCCAUGUGACAGACAAAGCCAGGUUGACUUUGACAAACCAGACUACAGCAGAUUUCCUAAGUUCAGGUAUGCGUCAGGUGUGGAAGCCGUGGUAGGACCAGGAGAUGUCCUGUACAUUCCCAUGUACUGGUGGCACCACAUUGAGUCCUUGCUAGAAGGAGGGCAUACCACAUCUGUCAAUUUCUGGUACAAGGCUGGUCCCACACCCAGAAACAUUGUGUACCCCCUGAAACCUGUGCAGAAGAUGGCCAUCAUGAGAAACAUUGAGAAAAUGCUGGUUGAAGCACUAGGAGAUUACAGAGAAGUUGGACCUUUAAUAAACACCAUGAUCCAAGGUCGCUACACUCUAAUGGACACCUCAGAGGUCAAUGGUAAUAAGGUCAUGUACACUGACUGAACUGUGAAUGUAGAGAGAAACUGUGUACAAAUUACGCUGCUAAGCAAUAAUCUACGUUGUACAAAAUGUUUAUGCCCAUGGUCUGGUGGGGUAAAAUAUUGUUUUACAUUUUUAAACCUGUCCUGUUUUACCAAUAUUGUUUUUUUUUUAAUUCAGAAUGGCAGUAUCUUUGCAUUAAUAUAAUUGAAAAACUUAAUUUUAGACAGAAACU